AUGAAUGGAGUAGUCGAGGCAGCAAAUAAGAACAUCAAGAAGAUCUUGAGGAAGAUAACAGACAGUCACAGGCAGUGGCAUAAAAAGUUGUCAUAUGCUUUGCUUGGUUACCGUACCACUGCUAGAACAUCCAUAGGAGCAAAUCCUUAUAUGUUGGUAUAUGGUUCCGAAGCUGUGAUACCCGCAGAAGUAGAGAUACCGUCUCUAAGGAUUAUCCAAGAUGUUGGUUUGGACGAUGCAGAAUGGAUACGUAGUAGACAUGAACAGUUGAUGCUCAUUGAUGAGAAAAGGAUGGACGAUGUCUGUCACGGUCAGCUUUAUCAGAACAGGAUAUCCAAGGCAUUUAACAAGAGAGUAAGGCCUAGGAAAUUCGAACCAGGGCAGUUGGUUUUAAACCGAAUAUUUCCUCAUCAGGACGAAGCUAAAGGGAAAUUCGCACCAAAUUGGCAAGGUCCACACGUGGUUUAUCGAGUGCUUUCAGGAGGAGCAUUGAUUUUGGCAGAAAUGGAUAGUAAAGUAUCUCCAGAAGCAGGGUCAAGUUGCUCCGCCAACCGGAAGCUUUUACAUUACAGUUGCUCCGCCGAUCGGAGAUUUUUACUUUACAUUUCAGUUGCUCCGCCAGCCGGAAGCCUUUACAUUACAGUUGCUUCGCCAACUGAAAGCUUUUACAUUACAGUUGCUCCACCAGCCAGAAGCCUUUACAUUACAGUUGCUUCACAAGCCGGAAGCUUUACAUUACAGUUGCUCUGCCAGUCGGAAGCUUUACAUUAUAGUUGCUCCGCCAGCUGGAAGCUUUACAUUACACUUGCUCCACCAGCCGGAAGCCUCUACAUUACAGUUGCUCCGCCAGCCGAAAGCUUUACAUUUCAGUUGCUAUGCAAAUCGAUGAACACAAUACAAUGUGGAACUAUCUCUGCCACAACGAACUGA